CAUCCGUAGAUGUAAACACGGCUUAAUUUUAUACUGAAGGUGUCUAAUGUGUCUAUGCCUUAUUUUUAUGGUUAAUGUUGGCAACACUAAAUUUUAUAUCGCUCUCUUCCUCAUCACACUCUCACCAACUCGUACUGGUUUUUGUAAAUAUUGUGUUUUUAUAAAUAAAAGUCAAGAUUAAAGUACAAAAUCUUGUUAUUUGUAUGUUCCACGAACAUAAAUGGUGCCGAAACUCUAUAAACAAGCUUCGACAAUAAACUUCGAGCAACGAAACCACACCUUCGCCGGCCGGCAAGAAAAGUAAGCUGAUUUCACUGCAUAUUGCUGAACAUACACUUGCACAAGAAUAAAUAAAUCGAAGGCCAAUCAAUACACUAUUGUGCCAUAUUGAUUUGCAAGUCGCAGUAGCCAAAAGUGAACAAUUUUAUUCAACUUUGCAAGAAAAUAACCGGCCGCCAUUUUGGUUCCCUUUACUUUGCAUCGAGAAAAAAUAUUACCACGCCCUGCCAUUUUUCGCCAUGACCAUGGAUAGCGAUUCGGCUGAAAAGGAAGUGGACAAGAACGCAAGGAAAGGUAUCAUAAGAAAAAUCGCACAGUGUAAAGCGUCGUUGACAAAGGCAGAAAAUUUUAUCCGCACAUUGGAAUCGCCAAUCAACAAGGACGUGGUAUCUGCGCGGCUACAACAACUGCAGGAGGUGCUGCCAAGGCAUGAGCAGCUACUGAUCGAAUUAAGUACUUUGGACGACACCCUUGAUGAAGACUAUUUCGGAAACGACGCGUUCGAGGACCGGUAUUUGGCGAUCGUGGCGAGCCUUCGAGGCCUACUGGCGCCGCAGCCGCCGUCGCCGGCUCCAGCAUCGGGCGCGCAGCAGUCUACAGACGCGUGCGCUACCAGCGUGAGGCUGCCAGAAAUAGACAUUCCUGCGUUUGACGGCAAGGACUACACAAAAUACCACUCGUUCAUCGAACUCUUUAGUGCAGUGAUAGAUAAUAAUUCUAAAUUAGCCGCAAUUCAAAAGCUUUUCUAUCUUAGAAAAUACUUAAAAGGUGAGCCAUUGUCAUUAAUCGAAGGAUUACCCGUCACCGGGGACUCGUAUGGAAAAGCUCUUGAAUUGUUGAGAAAUAGAUAUGACAAUAAGUUUCUUAUUAUCACUAACCAUGUACAAGAGCUGCUAGACUUCAAUCCACUAGUAAAGGGAGCGGCUACCAAUUUAAGAGAGUUAGUGUCACAUGCUCGCCAGCACUUAGGUGCACUGAAAACAUUAGGACAACCGACCGACAGCUGGGACAUGAUAGUUUUACCCAUUUUGUUGCGAAAGGUCGACCAGUUUACUUGCAGAGCCUAUCAUUCGGAGCGUGACACCACAAAGCUGCCCCUACUGGAUGACUUCUUCGCUUUUGUGGAGCGGAGAGCUAGCAGCUUCGAGGAGAGCCAAAGAAGUGAAGGUAAGAGCAACAAUAAUAAUAACACUUACAAAACUAAAGUGUCAAACUAUGCAAGCAAAACUGCCACACGGUCGUGGUCUUGCAAAUAUUGUAGUGAGCAAACACAUAGAUUAUUCAAAUGUGACAAAUUUCUAGCCAUCUCACCAGAGGAAAGGCUCAAUUUCAUUUCACAAAAUAAUUUAUGCAAAAUAUGUUUCAAUUCUCACACAAAUAAAUGUAAAUUUCACUUCAAAUGUGAACAGUGCAAGGACAAAUCGCAUAAUACUCUCUUGCACUGCAAUGAAAAAGUAUCAAUGCACAGUAAUUCUAAUGUUAGCACAAUAUUGCUGCCCACCAUCAAGGCCAAAGUGCUCUGCCGGGAUGGCAAAUCACACAAAGUAGUCCGGGGACUAGUUGACAGUGGCAGCCAAGUGUCAUUUAUGACAGCUGACUUAGCAAAAGCAUUGCAAUUACCGCUAAUUGAUAGCAAUUUAAAUAUCACAGCCUUGGGGAAACAAAACAAAACAACCUCAAAAGCUGUCAAUGCUGAAUUUGUGUCACUUCAAAAUAAUUAUAAGUGCCAAGUUAAUUGUUCCAUAGUGGACCAAAUUACAACCAAGCUGCCACAGCAACAAGUAAGCUGGCAAAAUAUACAGCUGCCAGACUCUGUGGUGCUUGCAGAUAGUGACUUUGACACUCCGGGAGACAUUUCAUUUCUGCUGUCAGCGGACAUAUUCUUCCAAAUAUUGCUGCCUCGCAAAAUCAAGCUGCAAAAUAGUAAUUUGUAUCUUAUUGAUACCCAGUUUGGUUCAAUAUUGUCAGGUGAAGUAAACAAUAACAGUCACCUAUGGACUCAAGAGCUCAAGCUACCUGGCCACCAGAUGUCUCCAGGAGUUAGCAGACCGGUUUGGGAGCAAUAUGCCGCUGGCUGCUGAGGUCAUCAGGACAGCCAUGUACGUUGACGAUGCUCUUUUUGGAGCACAGACCAUCGAUGAAGCUCUUGAGGUAAGAGAUCAA